GUUGCCGAUAACAAAGAACACUGUCGACAAGCUGCUAGCGGAGUUAUGACAUGACGUGGGAAGGGGAGGUUGUGUUCCAAUGAAAUACCGUUUCCCCGGAACAUAUGACGGCCAUCUUGGAUUUUCAACUAAUCGCAUUUGAGAUAAUUUGGUGCACAUUUGAAAGGGUGGAAACUUCGCGCUUUUACAUCAUGACGUUGUUGCGGGGUUUACAUGGCAACGCUAAUUUGUACACAAAUAAGAAUUCGUUCAUACCUGACCUACAACUGGUAGAGGUGCUGAGAGACCACUGACGCGUUGGAGAAGAGAGCAGGAAGACGUUUCCAGGCCGCAGAGUAGAAUCGAGAGACCUUCUUCGAGGAGAGGGGCCAAAAUGGACAGCCAGGAAAUGCCUGUAUCGAGUAAUUAUCGCGCAGCAACUGCUGCAACUCCUGGUAGAAGCGUCGUAGGCCGACCACCUUCUGCUUCGGCAUUCUCUGCUAGAGUACUUAGCUCCGCUACCUCCCGGGUCAGCGCUACCAGCGGUGGGUCUUUUGCUGUCCAAGGAAGACUUGGAACUGGCCUUCCAUCUGCAGCUCAGGUCAAUCUAGUCGACAGACCGAUUACGCAGCAAGGAAUCGCCGGACUUCGGCCUGGGACUAACAGGGGACUGCCCAUGACCAGACAAGUCCAGGAUCGAAGAUAUUACGAAGGUCUCCUACAAUUGAAGAUACGAGAACUUACACAAGAAAUUGCAGUCAUAACGCGGCAAGUCGACAGUCAGAGUAAAGAAAGAGCAACUUUCCUUCACUACGAUAAACGAGCCAAAGAGUUGGCAGCGGAGCUUACAGAAUUGCAGGGGCAACUGGCCGACUAUAACAUUGUUGUUGAUAAAAUGACUUUGGACCCUGACAAAAACUCUCUGGAAAUGGAGGCUAAAUCUUUGGCCGUGAAAAAUGACCAAACUAUGGCUGAGAUAGAAAAUUUGUUUGCUCAUCGUCAGCAAAAAGAACAAGAGCUUCGGGCCAUCGAGAGGGAAGUAGAAUUGGAAAAGAAGAAUGCAGAGAGAAUAGUCGAAGGAAUGACUAUUGAGCAGCGUGCUAAGUACGACGAUUUGACAAAACAAAAAAUUGAACUGCAGAGUAGCAUAGAUGUUAUGCAAACAGAGCUGGAUCAACUAUCUAACGAAAAAUCGACCAUGGAAGAGCAGAUUGCACUUUCACAGGCUAAGCAGGAGGCUGUCAAACUUCUUGUUAAGAUUUCAGAGGUUGAAGGAAAACGCGAUAAACUACGAGAAGAAGAGAAGAAUAGACUGUCGCCAGAAGAAGAGCGAAUUCAACUCCUGGCCAAGGUAAAGCAGGAUAAUGCAGAUGUCGCUGCAGCUGAGAGGCAAACAGCUGAACUUAAACGACGUAUAGCUGAGGCUGAGCAUGAGCUAGAACAGUUGGAAACAGAUCUCGAAGAGUGCCAGUCAACAAGGCAUGUAAAGUACAAAGAGAUGAGAAAACGAGAGGAGGCAAUGGAGCAAUUCAUGGCCACCUUUGAUAGGAGCAAACACGAAGAGCUUGAGAGACUUGAUAAACUAGAGACUACAAUUGUCGAGCAUUUGACACAAAUAUCAAACUGUGUCUCUAGCGAUACUCACUUAACUCCUGGUGAUGAGUUGGCAAUCCUGAACAUCCAACAUGCCAUCAGCGAAGACCCGGACGUUCCUAUUAAUGUCGACCAAACUAUCGAGGGAUUGAGCAGCGAGCACACAAGGCUGCAGCAGAAUUUAAUAAAAAUGCAGAGUCUCGAAAAAAGGCUGAAAGUCGAGUUAACGGAACUGAAAGAAAAAAUAGGUAAAAAACAAAGUGAGUUGCUUGUCCUUGAAGAUUUGGAUGGAUUGAAGGCAAGGUUUGAACAAAAGCGAGAAGAGAUAAUGGCAGAACGGGCAAAACUUCGUGAGCGGGAGCCGUCCAUCAAACAGGAACUGGCUUCUGUACGUGGAGAGUACGAGGAGAUCAAGUCACAGCUAGACAAAAAUGAAACUUAUGUACAGAUAAGCUCGCUGGAGGAUAAACUUGAGAAAUUGAAACAAAAUAAUGAAACAUUAGAGAAAUUCAUCAGGGAAGAACGCGAACGAGUGGAUUAUAACGCAAUUAAGAGUAGAGCACUCGAACUUGUGGAUCGGUACAAUGUUAAACUAAGGGAAAGCGUCAAAGGAAUACAUUAGUUUAUGUACAAUAUUUUUACUAUUUAAGAUAAUUUCAAAUAUUGUUAGCGUUUCUCUGUCUUCAUCUUUGCUUGUAAUUCGUUUGGUAAUGAAACUUUCUGCGAGUUCAAGAAGUUUAUUAAAUUUUCAGUAAAUUUUGGUAGUGGAAUAAUGUCCUCUGCCUGCAUUUUAUCCCAUAUUUCUAGCGCUGUUUUGUAAUCACCAGACCUACCUGUAUGACCACAAUAAAAUAAAGAUUAAAGUCAUAAAUUGUGAUCGAAAAA